CUACAACUAUUUAACAACAAUAAACCCUCUUUCUUUUUUCUCUCUAUGCAUCUUUAACUUCAAAAAGGAAACAAAAAAUCAAGAAUGAUGAUAAUCCCAUAAACCAGUAAGAGCUGAGUUGUUCCACCAUUUUUAGGAAACAAAAACCAAUCACUAAUCAUAUUUCAGACAUCAAAAAAAUUCCCAUUAUUGAGAGAAGUGAAGAUAAGUCUCUUACAUAGUAUUUUGCUCAAACAAAGAAAUAACAAAAGUCUCAUCCUCUCCCAUCAAUCUCUUCUCUUUUCUACUACUCAUAAAUAUUUCCUUUGUUUCACCAUUUUCACCUUCAAAAUAUAGAAAUUCUGUAAUAUCAAUCACUAAUCAUUACCUAAUUUGUUUUCUUUAUUUGGUUCUUUGGGUUUUUUUUUUCUAUCAAGUACUGUAGCAUCUUCAUCUUUACUGGUUUUUUGUUCAAGAAAUUAAGCUCCAUCUUUGUCUAGGUUUUCUUGGUUUUUUCUUCUAACCCUAAAAAGUAAACAAGAAACUUAUAAUUUCACUUAUAUUAACAAGAUCCGCUUUCAAGAAAUUAUUUCCAUGGAUUCAAUUCCUGAGAUGGAUUCUGAAAACACGAGCUGCUUCAGCAACAUAAGCAGCACCAGCAUCAACACUACUACUAUGUCAGCCGCAGCUAAUUCAUCAUCAUCCUCAUCAUCUUCAACCCCGAGUCGCUACGAGAAUCAAAAGCGGCGUGAUUGGAACACUUUCGGUCAGUAUCUAAAGAAUCACAGGCCUCCACUCUCUCUUUCGAGGUGUAGCGGUGCUCAUGUUCUUGAAUUCCUCCGCUAUCUCGAUCAAUUUGGAAAAACUAAAGUGCACACACCAAUUUGCCCUUUUUUCGGCCAUCCGAAUCCACCAGCACCGUGCCCUUGUCCUCUUCGACAAGCUUGGGGCAGCCUCGACGCGCUCAUCGGACGCCUCCGAGCUGCUUUCGAGGAAAACGGAGGCAAACCCGAAGCAAAUCCGUUCGGUGCUCGAGCAGUUCGGCUUUAUCUUCGGGAGGUUCGUGAUUUGCAGUCGAAAGCCAGAGGUAUUAGCUACGAGAAAAAGAAGAGAAAGCGUCCGCCACAGCAGCAAAUUCAGUCACUUCCUCCACAACCAGGUGCAACCUAAAAUAAACUGUGCGGCUGUUUAUCAUCAAGAAUCAAGAUCAAGUACGGGAGAUAGGUUUUCUUGAGAGAUUUAUAAGGGUACUUUUCUUUAACUUAUUUUUUGUUCGUUUUAGUAUGAAUUAUGGUAUUUUUAGUAGUAUAAUUUUAGGGUUUUGUAUUAUGUGUUGCCUUCAAUGGAAGUGAAUGAGUAGAUCUGGUCUCUGGGUAUACGUUUGAAUUUGGUUUUGAUGCAAACAGUGACAGUUGUAGCAGUAGUUGCAGUAACAGUAUUACUAGUAGUGGAAUUAAUGGUAGUAAUAGAAGGUGGGGACGAUGAAGUGAUUGUACUUGCAGUUUUCUAUGUUGGAAUUAAAAGAGCAUCUAAUUUGCUCAUAGACUUUUUUAUGAACUCUACUUUAAUAUCUA